AUGGCAUUCGUCGAGCUAGCUCCAGAGCUGGUACACCAGAUUUACAAUACACUUUACAGCAUCAACGACGUGAUAAACCUGUCUCUCACUUGUCGCCAUUUCAACGUACUCCUCAAGCACAGCCAAAAGCUACCCACUUUGUUCGCAGCUGCCGAGCGUGAAUUUGGUCCUUUAGAAGAUGUCGCACAGCUUGUUACCUUUAAUGCUUCGCAGCCAGCACACAUAAAGCGUCACCCACAACAAAACUAUGCCCUGCUAAGACAAAUGAUUAAGAUUGGAGGUGUUGCUCAAAAGUGUGCGGACAUUUUCCCAGAAAGACGAUGGCAGGACAACUAUCUUGAACGACGAACACUUUCCAACGAUGAGGUGUGGAGAUUAAGGCGAGCAGUCUACAGAUACUGGCUGUACUGUGAAGCUUUCCAAGGUCGAGGCAAUUCGAGGAGUAUGCGCAUGCUGCCAUAUAUGGUGGAAGAAAGAGCACAAUUACUACGAACUUGGACUACAGAAGAACUAAGCGAGAUUGAGGACGUGCGGCUUGUGCUUGAGGAUCUUGUCUCACUUGAACUUUGUCCUACCCACGGCGCUGCACAACGAGAAUUCAACCAGCACUGCGAUUUUGCUGAAGUACGCCAAACCCACCAGAACGUCUACACUCACCGAUCGUGGAACUCCUGGCCACCUGAUUCAUUUACCUCUCAACUGCUGUCCACCAAUAUUUUCCACAACUACCGCGACGAACAAAUCCUGAGCAGGCAUCUCGAUUUACCUGUUCCUCAGCGCAGGAAGCUCGAAAUGAUGGGCUGGGGCGACGAGAUCUCGCAGUAUUAUGUCGUGCAAUCUAUGAUGAAGCUGAAUCCAGCUCAAAUCAUGUACUUGUACGAACAUACUACACGGAAACAGGACAUUGAGCGCUGGCUAGCAGAACAUAUCGGCGAAGAAUGGUUCUGGGAUAACGGGCAGACAUGGCUUGAUACCUGGAACCUGGUACUGUACAAAAGAGGCCUGGAUCCCGAAUGGUUACAACUCGAAAUUCAAGAAGGCAGAGCAGGAGUUACAAACAAGGCAGGAUCGUCCGACCAGCAUAUUGAGCAGAAUCACCAGUGUCUGUACUAA